CUCUCAAUUCUACUGCUUUCUCUUGUUCAAUUUCCAAGAAUAGUAGGAUAUGGAGAGGAGGAACAAUGAAGAAGUCCUUGUAACAAGCUCUCUUCUUGUUGAUCAAGAAAAUGCCACGAACUACUACCAUUGUAUUGUCCCAGGUGGUGUCGACGGUGGUUCCUCCUCAGUCACAGCUGCUGUUAUUUUCAGCACAGUGGUGGUGGUGUGCGGCACCUUCAAUACUGGGUGUGCUGCUGGAUAUUCAUCACCUGCUGAGUCUGGAAUCAUGGAAGAUCUAGGCCUCUCUGUGGCUGAGUAUUCAGUUUUUGGUUCAUUAUGGACAGCGGGAGGAAUAGUGGGUGCAUUAAUAAGUGGGAGGACAGCAGAUCUUAUUGGUCGGAGAGGUGCAAUGUGGUUUGCAGAUAUCUUCUGCAUCAUGGGGUGGCUAUUAAUAGCAUUUGCCAAGGAUUAUUGGUGGCUCGACUUUGGAAGAUUAGCAAUAGGAUUUGCGGUUGGGCUUAUUUCUUAUGUUGCAGCAGUUUAUAUUUCAGAAAUAGCACCCAGGAAUAUUCGGGGAGGAUUUACAUCAGCUGGUUCGUUGAUGAUGUGUUGUGGCUUUUCAAUGUUUUAUUUCGUCGGAACUGUUGUUUCCUGGCGCACCUUGGCUAUAAUCGGAGCUGUUCCAUGCGUAUUACAGGCCGUAGGUUUAUUCUUCGUUCCAGAGUCUCCAAGAUGGCUGGCAAAGGUUGGUCGAGAGAAAGAGCUAGAAGCUGCUUUGUGGAGGCUAAGGGGAGAGAGAGCUGAUAUCGCUCUAGAAGCAGCAGACAUCAUGGAGUAUACAAAAACCUUUCAGCAGUUCCCAAAAGCUACAAUUCUGGAAUUGUUCCGGAUGAGAUAUGCUCAUUCACUCAUUGUUGGAGUUGGCUUGAUGGUGCUGACACAAUUUUCAGGGGUCACUGCAGUUCAAUGCUUUACAAGUUCCAUCUUGGAGUCAGCUGAUUUUUCAACUACUUUUGGGAGUAGAGCAAUAGCUAUUCUCCAGAUUCCUGUUAUGGCUGUGAGUGUAGUCUUAAUAGACAAAUCAGGAAGACGGCCACUUCUAAUGGUUUCUGCAGCUGGAAUGGGGUUGAGUAGCUUGCUUAUAGGAUUUUCAUUCUUAAUGCAGGACAUGAACCAGUUGAAGGAGGUCACUCCAAUAGUGGUGCUCAUAGGCCUAUUGACUUAUUCAGCAACUUAUUCAUUGGGCAUGGCAGGACUACCAUGGCUGAUCAUGGCAGAGAUAUAUCCCAUAAACAUAAAGGGUGUGGCAGGCAGCCUAGUGACCUUCUCCAACUGGUUGUUUUCUUGGGUUGUGACAUACACUUUUAACUACAUGUUUGAUUGGAGCUCUGCGGGAACAUUCUUCUUUUACUCUAUAAUAUCGGGUUCCACUGUUCUAUUCACUGCAAAGCUGGUACCAGAAACCAAGGGACGAAAGCUUGAAGAAAUACAAGCAUCAAUGACUCAUUUUCUCCACUAAAAAAAACUCUUCAUGCUCUAUGGGAGUAAAUAUCAUGUAGUGGAACUUUUUCUGAUUUGUGUCCUGAAUUGAAGAAAUAAAGUAAAAUUUUACCUA